GAGCGCCCCGCCACCUUGAUCACAUCAGGAACCGGAAUCAUGACUAAUGCAGACAAAUCAUUCUACCCGUCGGCCCGGCCGACAGUGACAUUUGAACGUGAAGCGAAUAUCACAAAGAUCCAGGUGUCGACUUUCAGACCUCCACGCUCGAACCGAAUGCGCCCAUCGCUGAUUAUCCUGUCGCAAGCGGAUCCCAGCCGGCCAGACACGCACCGAUCUGCAGUCCCCCCUUUGCUCGACCUCCGAUAGCGCCGACUCGCCAAGUCACUCCUCUCUCGUCAUGCCUGCAUUCAACUCUGUACAAGCACAACACGACGUUCGAUUACCUUCCUUCUAUUCACCACGCCCGAGAGCACACGAUACAAGGGACAAUGAUGGAGAUGUCGAGGGAGCCGAGUUCUCUGUUUCUGACAACAACCCCGCUUCCUCGGCCACGAAGGAAGAUGGGCCAUCAACAACAAGACCACCCCCGCCGUCAUCUCUCCUUUCGCCAGCGUUUACGCCUCCCUCCACUCCCGGAACGGUAACGCCCAACAAUGCCGGCCUUUCCGUUCUGUCCGUACCGCGCGGCGUCCCUGUCGACAGCUCAAUACCUACGGGCGGCUGCGGCACUAAACAGCCGAAGCUUCUCGAAACGCUUCCAGAGGUUGAGUGCAUAGUGCGCGCAAGGAUACCUACAACGACAGGCGCCGAAAUGUUCCUCCACUUGUACACCAAUAAUGUGGACAACAAGGAACAUCUGGCCAUCGUGUUUGGCGGUAACAUCCGCAGCAAAUCCUUAGAUGCCGUCAGAGAAGGCGAAACCGAGAUGGACCGGCUUGUGAGAGGCGCAUACACGGGCCGCUUAUACCCCGGGAGAACGACCAGCGGGCUGUCCGCUCCCGGGACACCCGACAACGGCGACGGUUCUCAAGCAGCUUCAGGGGAGCAAGAAGGGCAGUUGGCGCCUCUUGUCAGGAUACACAGCGAGUGUUAUACGGGAGAAACAGUGUGGUCGGCGCGCUGCGACUGUGGAGAACAGCUAGAUGAGGCGGCGAGGCUCAUGUCUCUGCCCGGCAACAAAGCUGGCGGCAUCAUCAUCUAUCUGAGACAAGAGGGGCGCGGCAUUGGGUUGGGGGAGAAGCUUAAAGCGUACAACCUCCAGGAUCUGGGCUCCGACACGGUUGAAGCGAAUCUCCUUUUGCGUCACCCCGCUGAUGCGCGCAGCUACGGCCUGGCCACGGCCAUGUUGCUUGACCUGGGCCAGAAGGAAAUCCGGCUGUUGACCAACAACCCGGACAAGAUCCGCGCAGUCGAGGGUCCGAACAGGGAAAUCAUCGUCAAAGAGCGCGUCGCCAUGAUACCACUGUCGUGGAAAGGCAGAGGAGGCUUCAGAGCGCCCGAGGUGGAGGGUUACUUGAAGACAAAGAUCGAAAAGAUGGGCCACAUGCUAGAUCUGGGGAGUUUACCUCGUUGACUAUGGAUAUACCUGAGACUCGUCACUGCUGUACUCAGCCUGUAUUUUGUAUUGUUAGAUACCUCAAUUAUAGACCGCAGGGC